GAGGAUGUUUGCUAAGGAGAGAUUGUAUCCUGAGGCUCAAUGUCAAACUGUGCCAGGAGCAUCUAUCAGCUCACAUCUGCCUGAGCUCACAGAGUCCAUAAGGUUCCAGGGCAGUGACGGAGUUUGGCAGAAGCUGCAGCGUUUCCAGGCCUCUGUACUUGAUGGUGUGGCAGUGUUGUUUGCUGGAGGGCCUGUCUGGUCUGUAUCCUGGGCCCCGAUACCUGACUAUGAGGAUCACCAGUAUCUAGCACUAGCUACACACACCAAUGUGGAGUCCACCCAUGAGAUGUCCUCUUUGUACAAUUACCCUGGUAUCAUCCAGAUCUGGGCACUUGGCGCUAUUAAAAACACUACUCGUGAGGCAGUGUGUCCCCAUAUGGUGGUAGGUAUAGCCCAGAGACGGGGCCCUGUGUGGGGCCUAGCCUGGUGUCCAGCGGGGGUCUACACACAGGACAGGAUAGGACUGUUGGCUGCUGCUUGUGGUGACGGCAAUGUGGUAGUCUACGCUGUGCCACACAAAACUAAUACCUCUGGAGACCCGAUGUCAAACUGUUUGUCUUUGAAGCCUGUUUGGGAGUUGAAGCUGGGAUGUGAGAUGAUGUCGCAGUGUACCUGCGUAGAUUGGCAUUCUGCGGCUCCACAUAGUGUCAUUGCUGGAGGUUUUGCCAAUGGGAUGGUGGCUCUAUGGGACCUUGCCACCACCUCUCCCCUACUCAAGUCUGGCUCUACCCUUCUACCUUUCAAGGUCAUUGAAGCCCAUCAAUCGGCAGUUAAAUCUGUCAAGUUGUCCUGCACAGAGGGAAUCGUCUAUAUGAUGUCAGCCUCUCUGGAUCGUACAGCUAAGUUCUGGAACCUUGACGACACCAGAGCUCCUGUCAGCUUUCUACGUAAGGCCUGUGUGACCGACGCAGUCAUGACUAACAACUGGCUCAUGUCUAUCAACUCUUAUGAUGACGUCUAUAGUCUGAACAACUCCCAUGUGACCGGAUGCACCUUCAGAGAUUUCUUCACGAGUGCCAACGCCAACUUUGUAAUGCAACCGGGCACAGUGUGGGGUCUCUCCUUCAAUGACUGGCUGAAUGGGUGUGCGUAUGCCAGUGAGAUGGGCAAAGUCAGCUCAUUCUUCCGCCAACAGCUUCUGGUCACUGAAGACUCCAAGAAAAUAAACAAAAGCGCAUUUAUUGAAGAUUUGGCUACAUGCACGGCUCAUUCUAUCAAAGACGACUCCGUCCUAACCAGAGGGUUUGGAACUAUGUACCGAGACUGUGUCUCCACUAUGGGACUCAAGUUUGAAUUUGGUGGAAAACUAAGAGGAGGCAAGUCGACUGUUUGCAGCAGUGACAACAUGGACAGUUUCCCCAUCCGUUCAUUCAACACUGUAUCUUGGAACCAAAACAUGAACAGUUUCGUUUGGUUGGCCGCGGGUAUGCAGUGCGGUCUAGUGGUAGUUCCUCGAGUCAGUAGUCUUCACCCUAACGAUCUGAUAGAACUGGAAAAGCUCAAAGAUAACCUAUAACACUGACUUUUCUGUGUAACAUAGCUGUAUAUAAAGUAUGUUAAUAUAUUAUGUAUAAACAAUUUUAUAGAAGUGUUUAAGUUUAGUGAUUUGAAGUUGCAUUUGAAAUACAAUUUUAUCUUAGUUCUUAUUUUGACGUAUUUUAUUUAUAUGAAGCACAAGUUUUUAAGCAGUUAACCCAUAGCUGUGUUUCUAUCUUGAUUAUAUGUUGCCAAAUUGUGCAUUGUAAUAAUUCAUCUAGACUGAAAGCGCAAGAAAAUUAGGAGAAAAAGUAUUGGCUAUACCUAUUAAAACUGUUUUUGUAUCCGUCAUAAUUUCAAGGCAUUUCGUUGAUUUGUUGUAGGGAUUUUACCCUUUGUGAAAUUGAAAUUAUAAGGUGUGAAAUUUGUUACCUCAAAAAUUAAGACAAAUUACUUACAAAUUCAACUGAACUUAAGUGUUUAUGUCUAACUAUUCUAAACUUAUGCACCUCUAUUAUAUGUAGAUACAUUUUGUAAAGUAUUAAUGUAUAUAGAUUUAAACAGCAAUCUGAACCAAAAAUGAUAUCUUAACCCAUUCCUGACUGAGUUAUUUGUCAAGUAUCAUGCAGUUAGAACUGAGUAAAAAAGGGCCAAUGUACCAUGUUUUAGUUAAAAAUUCAUUAAAAAUGUAAUUUAUGAAAUAAAUGCCUAACACUUGUGCUUAAAUUGAUCUACAUAAAAUUUCCUUUUCCUACAGUUACCUAACAAUGUGCAUGUUCUCUCACAGAUUUGAGAAAGCAAAGUGGCCAAUUCGCUCAUCAGUGAGACAUUGGAUGUUAACAUUGUCUCACUCUAAUUACUUUGUCUCACUCCAGAUUUGCAACGUGAAGGCACGAAAUAGUGAGUGCGUAACAUGCAGGCAACGCGAAAUACGUUGGCAGCACUGGCUGUAAAUCAGUUGGUCAGCUGUUGUACAAUUAUAUUUGUCACUUCACGUAAAAUGUUAUAUUAAAAGUUCACUUCUGUGUAAAAAUAGGUUAUGUUUCUUCACCAAUUUAUUUGUUUUAUGGUAACUGUAGGAAAAGUAUAAUGUGCAACUCGAGUGCAAAGUACAAUUGCCUCACUUGAGAAACCAUUCCUCACUCGCCUACGGCUCGUGAGUAAAGAUUUCUCUCAAGUGAGUCAAUUGCUCACUUUUCUCACUAGAUGCACAAAUAACUAUUUCUAUGACACUAAUUUUAAAUAACUAAUAUUUUUUAGCAAUUUUCAAUACAUUAUGCAUUUUUUAUAUAUGCAACCAAUUAAACAAACCUCAAAAAAUAAAAAUAAAAAAUUUGUUAAUUCAAUUUUUUUUUAAAUUUAUAAAUAGUAUUCAAUUUGUUACACAACAAACUUCAUUUGGUUUGUUUAUAUAUAAAAUCCUUCAUUUUAUAGCUAUUUUUGUAAAACUAUGCUAAACGGCAAAAUAGGCCUAGGCCUAAUACAAUUUUUGCACCAAAAUUUCAUGUGUACUAAGAUAAAGUGUUGGGAGUAUUGAAAUAAAUGUGAAAUAAUAGUCUAAGGAUAAUUAUAUUACUUUUGCAACUCAUUACAACAUUGGGAAAUAAUAAUGCAUAAUAAGCCUAAUAAUAACGUAUAAUAAUGCAUUAUGCGUGAGGAGGGGCGCUGCGCGUCCUUAGUCUUUCAUAACCUGACACGCUAGGACGGGCGCCCGUUUUUAGGCGGGAAUGGGUUGAGAUGAUAAAUAUAUGGUAAUAGUCAGUGAUUUGAAAUAUGCUAGAAGAAAUAUUUCAUCUAAAUGAGAAACAAACAUUACUCAGGUAAACAAUUCCAUUUAUUUACAAUUUUAAAUCGUACUAUUUUUACGGUUAUUUAUCUUAAAAUUGGUUUGUUUAAUCCUUUAAUCAUCAUCAUUUGACCUAACAUUUUAUACUUUGAAACAUUCUAGAUUUUGUGUAUCUAUUAUACAAAAUGUUCUUGUAGUUAUGGAAUAUUUUAAUGUAUUUACUGUUUGUAUACUGUUUGUAUUUACUACUUUGUACUUUGUUUGUUGUUUAUUGAUUGUAGACCAGUGAACGACUUCCAGAAUGUAAUUAUAUGUAUGUUUCAUGAACAAAACUAACUAUUUAUUUUGAGAGAUUUUUUAUUUAUGCGUUGUAGUUGUAUAUUUAUUUCUGUUCUUAUUAUUUAGAUAAUUAAUAAUACUUAAACCACACUAUCCAUGUUGUUGGGAUUUAAGGCUCAAUGGCCCAGCAUGAUUGAUGCACUGUAUAUUAAUUGAAAUAUUUAUAUUUACAUCCUCAUGUAUUUUUAAAUUUACAUUUUGAUCGUUUGACCCUGUUUAAAAAUUCUUUGUGUAGUUUAAUAAUUGUUAUCGUAAUACAUAAUUUUCUACUAUUAUUUGAAUUGUGUUAAACUGAACUUGGUAUCUAUGUCAAAUAUUACCAAAAUGAUAUAGACAAUA